UCAAUUCUUUGCUUUAAUGAUGUGGAGAUGACAGAAUUGAAGAGAUGGUUGACUCCUGGAUUUCUGUAAUAAUCUCCUUCCGAACUCUCCCUGCAAGGCGGAACUUGAUAUGUCUGGGUUUAUGAAUCUGCUUUCCCGAGAUUUUCCUAGAUCGCCUUUUACCUUUAAAAAAGCUGAAUUUAUUUCGAUGUCACAUAUUACGCUUAUACCUAGCCAUAUAGAGAGCUUUUGAAGUUAGGCUCCUUGCACUCAUUUAUGCUUGAUAUAAUUCGGA